AAAAAGACUGCAAGACAAUAUAUUCCAAAUUAAAGGGUGAAUUUUGUUUUGAAUUUUAAGUAGGAAAUGAAUCUGCUAUGACGUUUUAACCGUACCCACCCUUUCACGAUUGUUAUUGUACUUUUCUGAAGACGUAAGUGUCAAGCUGUUAGAAAGUAAAUAAUUGGUUGUAUUUUUAAAUUUCUACUUAAAUAUAUUCUUCAGUUCGAAACUUCAAGUCCAUUUACUUUCUUCCAUAUCAUCAUGAUUAACUUAACACUUUGUUUUAAUUCACGAAUUCAUUGACCCGAUUCUAUGAUUCAUUCAGAAGCGUCUAUUUAAAGUUUAAUAAUGUGUGCUAGAACUGAAAAUUCCUUGGAUGAUAUGUGGGCAGACUUGAAAUCUGGUAUCGAACAAAUUUAUGCUAAUGAUAUUUCAAAAUCUGAUUAUUUACGACUAUAUACUUUAGUGUAUGAUUUCUGCACAAGUGCUACUUACGGAUGUGCCCCAUCCAACAACAAUCAACUGCAUAAGAAAUUGACUAAUUUUUUCCGCACUUAUCUCCGAUCUGUGUAUGAGAAAUGUGACGACUUUAUUGACGAACCACUGCUGACGCACUAUAUGCAAUUAUGGCAAGACUAUCGUUUCUCAAGCAAAGUUUUAAGUGGUGUCUGUGCUUAUCUCAAUAGACAUUGGGUACGCCGUGAGAGAGAAAAGAGUCGAAUCGAAGUGUUAGAGGUAUAUCAUUUAGCUCUGGUUUCUUGGAGAGACUAUCUGUUGGAUCCGUUAAAAAGACGAAUGUCUAGUGCUGUACUUAAACUCAUUGAAAAGGAAAGAAAUGGGGAAACUGUCAAUACCAGGCUCAUCAGUAUUGCUUUAAACUCCUAUAUUGAAAUGGGAAUUAAUUGCUCCGAUCCAUACUCUGAGCAUCCUAGUUUAUACUUGUAUAAAGAGGCAUUUGAAACAGCUUUCCUCGCUGAAACGGAAAUUUUUUAUGUUACUGAAAGUGCAUCCAUUGUUAGAAAGAAUCCUGUCUCUGAGUUCAUGAAAAAAAUCGAAAUCUGGUUUCUCGAAGAACAGCGGAGAGCACAGUUAUAUUUGCACGAGUCCACACUCGAAGCCCUCGUCCGCAUUCUCGAGAAUAUUGUGAUAUCUAAAUACAUGGAAACUUUUCAUUCUGAAUUUCAAACACUGUUAUCUUAUAAUAAAAUAGAUGACCUUAAGCGUAUGUACCAACUUCUUUAUAGGGUUUUAGGGGGACUCGAUCAAUUAAAGGUUCAAUUUCAAGAAUAUGUUACACAGCAAGGACUCGAGGCCAUCGAGAAAUAUAACGAUUCGAACGAUCCUAAAACAUAUAUUAAUUCUAUUCUCGAAAUACACCAAAGGUUCAAUUCGAUUGUCAUCACUGCUUUUGAAAGUGAGGCUGGAUUUGCCACUGCUUUGGAUAAGGCUUGUGAGAGAUUCAUUAACAAAAAUUCGGUUACGGAGAGCAGUGGAUCAUCUAGUAAAUCAGCUGAACUUUUAGCAAAAUACUGUGACUUAUUAUUGAAAAAGAAACCCCGUGAUGCUGAAGAGAUGGAGAUUGUGGAUAAUUUGAACCAGGCUAUGACUAUAUUUAAAUACAUUGAAGAAAAAGAUAUAUUUCAGAGUUUUUAUAGUAAAAUGUUGGCUAAAAGACUCGUUCAGCAAAUGAGUGUCUCUGGUAAUGACGAUGCCGAGACUAUUAUGAUUGCAAAGCUACGGGAGGCGUGUGGAUUCGAAUAUACCGCUAAAUUGCAGCGAAUGUUUCAAGAUGUUUGUGUGAGCAGAGAUUUGAAUGAAAACUUUAAAAAUUCUGGCCCACCCCUUGAUGUUGACUUCAGCAUUAAUGUUAUCAGUUCAUCUUCAUGGCCUUUUCAUCAAACUCUCACUUUUUCACUUCCCCAGGAGCUCGAGCAAAGUGUUCAGCAGUUUACAAAUUUUUACUGUACACGUUAUAGUGGAAGGAAACUAACCUGGCUGCACGGCAUGUCUCGAGGAGAAUUAGUUUCUAAAUGUUUUGAUAAACCUUACACAUUUCAGACUUCAACCUUUCAAAUGGCCGUUCUGCUUCAGUUUAAUUCUUCAGAUUCUCUAUCUGUUUCUCAGCUUGAAGAAAGCACAGGAAUACGUUCAGACAUUCUGCUGCAAGUACUACAGGCUCUCGUAAAGCUGAAAUUGCUAAAAAUUGAGGAAGGUAACACUGUAAACACGAGUUCUCAAGUUUCUCUGUCGCUUUCGUAUCGAAACAAAAAACUCAAAGUGAACAUCAACGUUCCGAUAAAGUCUGAAACUAAAUCAGAGCAAGAAACUGUUCACAGGCAUGUUGAAGAGGACAGGAAGCUCUUGAUUCAAGCUGCUAUCGUCCGGAUAGCGAAAAUUCGAAAGGUCGUCAAACACCACAUUCUGUUGUCGGAGGUCCUCAAUCAGUUGUCCCAAAGAUUUAAUCCUAAAAUUCCUGUUAUAAAAAAAUGCAUUGAUAUAUUGAUUGAAAAAGAGUAUUUGAAAAGAGUUGAAAAAGAUUCCUAUUGCUACGUAGCAUAAAUUUAUUUCUGUUUGUUAUGUAAUUCAAAAGCUGUGUAAAAAUGUAUCUAUAGCAUAUUGUGAUUCAUAACAUCUAUGUCUUUACAAUCUGGUUGGUUAUUCAUGUCAUGGAAUGCUUUUAUUUAAAUGAUCAGUGUGCAAUGUUUAUUCUUUGCGUGAAUGACGCUCUUAUAUAAAUUUUGUUUACUAACUGACAUCUGUUCAUUAUAAAUUAAAGUAUCACAUCGAUCCUAUUUAUUUUCUACGAUGUAAAAUAGAAAAAAGUUGCUAGAUUAAUUUUUCCUUUAUUCUGUAUAAAGAAUUGUUUGUCUUGAAUCUUUUCAUUUCAUUAUAAAAUGGAAUUGGGCAUUUUCAAAAUUAUAUUCCAGUUCUUGUACAGCUGAUGACUUAUAUUAAGAAAUAAAAAUAUAUUAGUUUAUAAAUUA